GAGGAGAGAAGAGCCAAUGUCCGUCGAGGGGCUUGUGUCGAGCCUACUGUUCUUCUUCUUCCUCCUUGAUGACUCACAAGAACUCGACGACGCUAUAUAAGUCAUUACUGACUGUCUUCCUUAUCCUUCCCACUUGACUUCUUUGUCUUAUAAUAUAAUCAUCUACUGUCUUAACUUGAGAUACAGUUCGUUUACGAUGUCCAUACAGUCCCUUGAUCUUUCCUCCGAAGUUCUUGAUAAGCUUUUCAGUACAGCGGUAAUCUAUCGUGACAGAGCUUAUGCCCCGUACUCCAAGUUCAGGGUCGGUGCUGCUCUUUUGGGUGCUGAUGGACGGUUUUAUGGUGGCUGUAACGUCGAGAAUGCAUCAUAUGGCGCUGGUAUCUGUGCAGAGCGCACUGCAGUUGUGAAGGCAGUCAGUGAAAGUCAACAAAGCUUUCUUGCAGUCGCUGUGGUGUCCGAUAUUCCCUCCCCAUCCUGUUCACCCUGCGGCAUCUGUCGUCAGUUCCUUCGGGAAUUUGUUUCACUUGAUACUCCCAUCUUCUAUGUAUCCGGAGAAUACCCGGUCAACGCGUCCCCAUCAUUCCUGGCCGAUAUAAACGGAAAGGAGGCAAAGAAAUACAUCCUGCAAACGACAAUGGGCGAGAUAUUGCCCCAUUCAUUUGGGCCUGAUCAUUUGCUAAUGAGGACUUGAUUGGGGUUCGAGUGUUGUAAAUGGUACGAUGCAGACUUAUGACGACAAGAAACUUACUGAGAGAUGAUUCAAAAUGCGGAGAAACUGUAUAUAUAUAUAUACAUUUAUAGGUGGAGCACAAUGCAUUGCCAGGCUAGAGCCUGAACAUUCCUGACAACUAAAGGCUCUAUCACUUCCCUCGCAAAGAGAAGAUUUUAGACCUACAAGCGUAAAUGUGUACACCUAAUCUCCAACCUAUCCAUACAACUCCU